CUCAGGGACGCUUGGGGGCGUGGUCUCAGGGUGCCCGCCCAGAGUGGGUGGGCAGACCGCACGGGCCACGCCCCCCAGCAUAUAAGGGCGGUGCGGCACUGCAGCUAGCGCAGUUCUCACCGAGACCCGUCACCCCGACUCUACGUGAGACGCACCACCCGGACUCACCAUGCGUGAAUGCAUCUCAGUCCAUGUGGGGCAGGCAGGUGUCCAGAUGGGCAAUGCCUGCUGGGAGCUCUACUGCCUGGAACAUGGGAUCCAACCUGAUGGGCAGAUGCCCAGUGACAAGACCAUCGGUGGAGGAGAUGACUCCUUCACAACCUUCUUCUGUGAAACUGGUGCUGGAAAACAUGUGCCCCGGGCAGUUUUUGUGGAUCUGGAACCCACUGUAAUUGAUGAGAUCCGAAAUGGGCCAUAUCGACAGCUCUUCCACCCAGAGCAGCUCAUCACUGGGAAAGAAGAUGCUGCGAACAACUAUGCCCGGGGCCACUACACCAUUGGCAAGGAGAUCAUUGACCCUGUGCUGGACCGGAUCCGAAAACUGUCUGACCAGUGCACAGGACUUCAGGGCUUCCUGGUAUUCCACAGCUUUGGAGGGGGCACCGGCUCUGGCUUCACCUCCCUCCUGAUGGAGCGGCUCUCCGUUGACUAUGGCAAGAAGUCCAAGCUGGAGUUCUCCAUCUACCCAGCUCCCCAGGUGUCCACAGCUGUGGUCGAGCCCUACAACUCCAUCCUGACCACCCACACCACCCUGGAGCACUCAGACUGUGCCUUCAUGGUGGACAAUGAAGCCAUCUACGACAUCUGCCGCCGCAACCUGGACAUCGAGCGCCCCACCUACACCAACCUCAACCGCCUCAUCAGCCAGAUUGUGUCCUCCAUCACCGCCUCCCUGCGCUUUGAUGGGGCCCUCAAUGUGGACCUGACUGAGUUCCAGACCAACCUGGUGCCCUACCCUCGCAUCCAUUUCCCGCUGGCCACCUAUGCACCAGUCAUCUCUGCCGAGAAGGCCUACCACGAGCAGCUGUCAGUGGCAGAGAUCACCAAUGCCUGCUUCGAGCCUGCCAACCAGAUGGUGAAGUGCGACCCCCGGCACGGCAAGUACAUGGCCUGCUGCCUGCUGUACCGCGGAGAUGUGGUACCCAAGGAUGUCAAUGCUGCCAUCGCGGCCAUCAAGACGAAGCGCAGCAUCCAGUUUGUGGACUGGUGCCCCACGGGCUUCAAGGUUGGUAUCAACUACCAGCCACCCACGGUGGUGCCUGGGGGCGACCUGGCCAAGGUGCAGCGUGCCGUGUGCAUGCUAAGCAACACAACCGCCAUCGCAGAGGCCUGGGCCCGCCUGGACCACAAGUUCGACCUGAUGUAUGCCAAGAGGGCUUUUGUACACUGGUAUGUAGGAGAGGGCAUGGAGGAGGGUGAGUUCUCAGAGGCCCGGGAGGAUAUGGCUGCCCUGGAGAAGGAUUAUGAAGAAGUGGGCAUCGACUCCUAUGAGGAUGAGGAUGAGGGAGAAGAAUAGCCCAGCUGCCUGAAGCCUGUUCACUAUGUCUAUUGCAAAAUUCUUUCGAAAUAAACAGUCUCCUUGCACGGUUUCUUGUCCCUCUGUGAGUGCUUGAGCUUCCGCUGCUGCUGCUGUUGCUGCCCUCACUAGAUGCUGCUCAUGACCCUCUUCCAUUCCAUGGCUGUAGGUGAAGCAGGCCCACAAAACAGGACCACAGGGACGGUGAUACCAGGUCCCUAGGGACACUCAGGAUAGGGAGGAAAAUGAAGACCAAAUCCAGCCACAAACUGUUAAAGGAUACAAAUCUUUACUUCUUUCCAACCAGGAGUUUAUGUCCAGUAGUUUCUGUAUUCGAGAUUUGGACUGCUACCCUAUUUCUCCUGCUGCUUCUACAUUUACCAACUCUGGAACAAGCCUUGGCCCAGGCUCCAGUGUGCACUGAGGGCUUGGGAAUGGGGCUGGGCUGGCCCGAAGUUCCUGGGCACAAAGCCCUGUCAUAAGCCUGGGGGAUGGGAAAGGGUAGUCUCCUAGAGUUGUUUGUGCCAUUGCACCUCUCAGCUUUGCAUAGCUUAUUGUCUGUCUUGCUGCUUUGUUGGGGCUGGGGCUAUGCCAUUAAAAGUCCUGUCCUCUCC